AUGUCUUCCCCCGAGCGCCGUGCUGGAGUCAAGCGGCCUAGGACGCAAUCGCUUCCCCCUCCCGCGCUGCCGCAGUUGGUUGCGGAGCAAAACACGCCCAUCCCCCCCACCGACAAAGACUCUCAACGACUAAUCGUAGUCCUGUCCAAUGCCAGUCUCGAGACGUACAAGGCCUCCCACGGCGGUACCAGCCGCACCGGGAUGCACCGGGAGGACAAGUACUCGUUGCUCAACAGCGACGAGCACAUUGGUGUCAUGCGAAAGAUGAACCGGGACAUUAGUGAUGCCCGCCCCGACAUCACCCACCAGUGUCUACUGACCCUGCUGGACUCCCCCAUCAACAAGGCUGGCAAGCUCCAGAUCUAUAUCCAUACUGCCAAGGGUGUCCUCAUCGAGGUUUCACCCUCGGUCCGUAUCCCUCGAACCUUCAAGCGCUUUGCUGGUUUGAUGGUCCAGCUGUUGCACCGCUUGUCCAUCCGCUCGACCAACUCCAACGAGAAGCUCCUGCGUGUCAUCCAGAACCCCAUCACUGAUCACCUCCCCCCCAACUGCCGCAAGGUGACACUGAGCUUCGACGCUCCUCUGGUCCGCGUUCGCGAGUGGGUCGAGACUGUUGAGUCUAAGGAGAGCAUCUGCGUCUUCGUCGGUGCCAUGGCCAAGGGCGAGGAUAACUUUGCCGACUCGCUCGUGGAUGAGAAAAUCUCCAUCAGCAACUACUCACUGUCUGCAAGUGUGGCCUGCAGCAAGUUCUGUCACGCCGCUGAGGAUGUCUGGGACAUCAUGUAA